AAUUUACAUGGUUUAAUACACGUGUAGGAGAACUGAAUUGAGAAGGAAACUUCUGUAAGAAAAAGCACAGAAUUCUGAAGUGACAUGAACGCGUGUAGUAGCCGUUCUUUGAAAAAUCGGUACUGGUAAAUUUUUAAUAUGGGACCAGGGAGCAUCGUUGCAGCGAAGAGAUUACGACUAAGAUCUUGUAAUCCAGUUCAAGUAAUUGGCCAACAGUCCAGUCUAUUGUUAGUGGCUCCUCAAUCAUAAAUAUUAUCAUUUCGUCGGUAACGUGUGAGUAAUAUCUAGAAAAUACACCUUCCACGCUGGAGUUGAAAAAUUACAGGUAUAUUCGACAUAUAAGCAAUGCCAUUGCUUAUAGAUGCAAUAAAACAAAGAAGAUAUAAAAAGAUUCAACUGGGUUUACAUUUAGGUUGGGAUUUAAAUCAAAGGGAUCCAGAGCAAUUGCGGACACCUUUAAUAGAAUUAACGUUUCUUGAAAAUGAAGCCAUCGCUGCAUGUUUAUGUAAGCGAUUUCUACUUGCCGGCGCACGGCCGGAUUAUAAAGAUAUAACCGGAAAAAAUGCGCUUCAUUGGGCUUGUGAAAAAAGUCGGGAGAAACUUGUAGAAAUUCUCCUCAGAGAAUGGAAUGAAUAUGAUAUAAAUGCGCAGGAUCGUGAAGGCAACACCGCUCUUUCUCUGGCUGUAAUAUCAAACAAUGAAAAGAUUGUUAGAAAAUUGAUAGAAAUGUUGUUGCGCUAUAAUCUGAGUGUAGAUUUGCCGAACAAAAACGGAGAGACACCGUUGAUUCUUGCAAGUAAAUGUCGGUGCUAUUUUCUUUGUGAGAUACUUAGAAAUGUCGGAAGAGCGUCAACAGAAAUGAGAGACAACGUAAAACAGCUGAAUGCGAAGGAGUGGGCUUCGUUAAAAGCGCCUGUGGAACGGCCGGUCAGUUCAUCGUGUGAUAAUAGUGCAGUGAGGGCAGAACCUUGGCAGAAUAAAUGCUCAAGUCGUCGACCAGAAUCAGUAAGAAAAAACUAUAAAAGCGAAAUGUACAAAAUAUUUAGUCUUUAUUAUGAUGAAAUUAGCUCGUCAUUUCGCCAAUCCGCCAUUCCACCUCCCAAAGAAGAAGAGAAUUCUGAUUCAGCGACUUGCUACGAAAAUGGAGAUGAUUAUUUGGACUUUUCGGUUAAUGAUCUUGCGACCUGUUCUGUGACGUCAACACGGUCAGGUAGAAAGCGGUUUUCUAUUUCCAGAGCAGCACAGGUACCCAUCACUGUUAAUAGAAUGCGCAGGACUAAGAAUACUUGGGAAGAAGGUAAAAGUCAAAAUUUAUGGAUGGGAAAACAAGAAAACUGCAAGCUUAAUGCAAGCCGAAAAUCGAUCAUUCCUAAGCCAGAAGCAACUACAACUGUUCCAGUCAUCAAACGAAACUCGUGUCCCAUUUUACGACGAAGAAGGACAGUGAACAAUAAGGACGAAAUGUUCAGACUAGAAUCAUUGCCUGAGAGUAUUGAACAAGAGUGACGAAGACAGAUUGAGGGAAUGUUAGACUUAUGAAGAUUCGCAGAAUAUGGCAAUACCUAGUGUACAAAAACCACAAAUAUAAUCCUUAAUCUAAUACAUUAAUCCCUGUAUAAACUUUAAUAUAAGCGGCUUAUAGGAACAAAGUAAGGAUUACAUUUGUGGAUUCUGGACAUGAAAUUACUACCAAAAUCAUUUUCCUAAUACGUUUCUGCGCCCGCAGCCCACACCGCUGAUGUCCUGUAGAUUUCUGACCUAUCCCACACUCACCUAAUUU